UCGACAUACACGAUACGGGUCUGCAGUAGAGCUUAGUGAGCUUUACCCAGGUCUCCACCCAACACACAUUCCUUAAAAUUCCCUUGCAGCGCGUUUGUUUGGCGGUCGUCGUCAAAUGAACCUGCAACAUCGCCGGGCGAUCUUGAGGAUACCAGUACGUAUUCCUGACAGUAUUUGUGGAAUUGCUUCGACUUUGAGGAAUGCGCACGCGAGCGAUAUGUUGUUGCCUAGACACCAGAACUCUGGCAACUUUCGCGAGUGGACUCGAGAAUCAAUCGCAACGUCUUCAUCAUUGACUGUCCAUCUCAAUUGUAUAUACUGACUUCAAUCAGUCUCACCUUCACAAUUGAAGGGCUGCUCCACCUCCUAAAUGGUCUUUAAGAGCUUCUCCCUCGCGCGUACGAGUCUUGCGAAAGGCUUCACCCAUGGUUACGCUCAGUCCGUAGUCGCUGGUGUCUCCCAGAACAACCCUCUCGCCACUCUCCAACACGACCGAUACCGUAAAGGUCACAAGCAGCAGUAUGCUUUCGCCUCGAACUCUACUACGAGCGCAAUAAAGGCGCUCGACACCGCACGCGCACACGAGCACCAGGAUUCCGGACUUGCUGCUUACUACACAGCAUGGCAGAAGACGCAAAAGACAGAAGACAAGGAAUGGUCACAGUAUCAGUUCCGCAAGCUUAUCGAGUACGACCCUAAGCAUGCAUCCAAGGAAGCAGCCGAUGCGAAAGCGGCGGAAGCUGCGGUUGAAGAGGCAUUAGAGCCCACUCCUACCCGUGCUGUGGUCAAUCGCGCAUACAGCACGAGCCAGAUAGAGGAUUUCAGGAAGGCUGUGGGCGAUGAGCAAGCAGAACAGAUUGCGCUUGCUCAGGUAGAUGAGGCGAUCGCGCAAGAGGCGGCUAAGAUCAAGGCAGUCAACGAGGCAAUCAAAGACGCGGAGACACAACUAUCGCCAAUCCAGGAGACACGGUCAGAAACACCUGCACAACUCUCGGACGCUGCCAACUCGACAACCCUUAACUACACUCCACCAUCAUCGCUUCUUCCCAGUCCCUUCGACGAGAUCGAGGAGUACACAGCGCAGCUUGAGAAGCUCGCAGCAAACCGCAAGUAUGCUGAGGUACCAGCCGUCUUCGAGGCUAUGCUCCUUGAUGGAGUCAAGCCAUCCGUCGCUGCUUACAACAUCCUCCUCUCGGCUGCGAUCAAUCUGCCGCGCACAAAGCACCAGGUUGUGCCCAAGGCCCUUGAUGUCUAUUCAGACAUGCUUCGUCGACGUGUCGCACCUGACACAGCGACUUACACAGCCCUUAUCGAGCUUCUUUCCAUGCGAUCGCUGGAGGUCGUCUCAAUGAGCCAGGUCUACGAGGAGAAGCGUCUCCGUUACGGUGGCCUGGAAGAGGAGGGCAAGUUCAUGCUCCAGUCGAAUGAAACUGACUACGCCAUCCUUGCUGAAGAUGGCUCGCUCUCCGUUGCCGUGAAGCUGUUCGAUGCAGCUAUAAAGGUCGAGGCUGGCCAGAAGUUUUCCGAAAAGACGUACCGUCUGCUUGUCACAGCUUGUGCUGAGGGCGAGCGCGUGGAGGACAUGGUUCGAAUCUAUUCGCACAUGGAAUCGCGUAAAGUGACACCGCCUGCGGACAUGUUCGUGCCCAUGAUCCACGCUUUUGGCAAGUCUGGUGAUCUGAGGAGCGCUGUUGAGUGCUUUGACGAGUACAAGGCCCUUGCAGUUGCGAACGACAACGGUAGCAUUCAGCUCGUCCGAAAGGAUAAGGAUGUAUAUGCUGCUUUGAUCAAGGCUUACGCCAUCUGCGAUCGCAUGGAGAGUGGCCAGAAGUUCUUGUCCAAGGUCGAGGCCGCACUUGCCACCCCUGAGGAUGUCACAUCCCUCCGUGACAUUGUCGGUCUGAAGGCUCUUCUGCCGACCUGGCUGAAGAAGGGCUCAUUCCAGGAGGCGUACGUCCACGCCAUCGAGUCUUUGAGCCCUCAGGCACAGCACAUCGCCAUGGCUGCUAUUUGUAUCAAGGCUGCGGACUGCAAUGUCAUAGAUGUCGCUACCGAAGCAUUUGAUGCUCUUCCUGCUGAAGUCGAUCUCGCUCGCCCGGCGAUGGCCAUGGGCGCUAUGCACACCCGCAAUGGAAACAUUGAAGCUGCUGAGAUCUUCUGGAGGAUGCUCGAGCUCUCGCCUACCAAGCCCGAAUUCAUCGAGCCCACUGCUAUGCACAGCAUUGCUCUCAUUGGUGGCGGUCAGGCUGAGCGUGGUCUCCGCCAAGGUCGUCAGAUGUUUGAUCGCAUCCGCGACACACAGUCAGGAUCUCAGGCAAAGAUGGAGGUCGUCGAGCACAUCGACGAGGCUAUUGAGGUUAUGGGUCAGUUCAUGAUGAAGCGUGGCAUCUUCCUUCCGCCGCGGGCCAGCAUGGAGCUGAUGUGGACGAUGAUUGAGAACGGUGGCCUAGUCACCCCAGUUGCUCACCAUUUAUUAUCUGGAAUGGGACCUGAGGCUAUCGCGCAACUCAACUUCGACGACGUCACGCUUCUGAUGCAGGUUCAAUCUGGAAUCAUCCUCCAGAGUGCGGAAGUCGACGCUGCCCAUGCUGCUCGGUUCGCCCAUCUUCUCGAGGUCAUCACCUCUGUCGGCACGCCUGUCAACAAGACUACAUCAGGUCUUGUCGAAAAGGCGCUUGCCACGCUUGACCGUGGUGACCUUCAGCACCGAUGGUACAGCUACAAGCACCCAGCACCUGAGUCGAUGUACUCUCCUGCUCCGUUUGCUGCUUACCCUGCCCAGGCGCCUGUCGCACCUGCUGUGCCAACCUUUGAGGAUCAGUACGAUCCGUACGCUGCAUCCACCGACAACAAGGGCUCUGUCGCCAUCACUGAGCUGCUCGAGAAGACCUACGGUCGCACCGCGUCUCACCUCAACGAGGCUUUGAUGAAGUUCAAGAACAUGCGUCGAGCUGGUCGCCACCCACGGUUCUUCACAUACGCUAAGCUCAUUACUGCUGCUGCGAAGGAGGACCGCCUGACCUUGGCUCACGACAUCCUCAACCUUGCUAAACAGGAUGUUCCACUCCUCCCCCAGUACCGCAUUGUGCGCUAUGGCUGGGUUACCAUUCUUGAUGCCAUGGUUGCUGCAUGCCUCACUUGCAGUCAGCGCGACCUUGCCGGUCGAUACCACCAGGACCUGCUCGACAUGGGUGCUGCACCUACUGCCAACACCUUCGGUCUCUACAUCACUACGCUUAAGGAGUCUACUAAAACCUUCGACGAGGCCACCGAGGCUGUCAAGAUCUUCCUCCGCGCCAAGGCUGAGGGCGUUGAGCCAUCAUCUUUCCUCUACAAUGCACUCAUUGGCAAGCUUGGAAAGGCUCGUCGCAUCGACGACUGCCUCUUCUAUUUCUCAGAGAUGCGCAACCUCGGUAUCCGCCCUACCUCCGUUACAUAUGGCACCAUCGUCAACGCUCUCUGCCGAGUCAGCGACGAGAAGUUCGCCGAGGAGCUUUUCGAGGAGAUGGAGAGUAUGCCCAACUACAAGCCACGUCCUGCCCCUUACCACAGCAUGAUGCAGUUCUUCCUCACUACCAAGCACGACCGCAGCAAGGUCCUCGCCUACUACGAGCGCAUGCGCUCCAAGCGCAUCGAGCCCACCACACACACCUACAAGCUCCUCAUUGACACCUACGCCACCCUCGAGCCCGUCGACAUGGACGCCGCCGAGUCUGUGCUUGAGCAAGUCCGCACCGCCGGCGCCGUACCAGAAGCAGUCCACUACUCCUCGCUCAUACACGCCAAGGGCUGUGUCGCGCACGACAUGGAAGGCGCACGCCGCCUGUUCCACACCGUGCUCGCCGAUGCCCGCAUCAGGCCGCAAGCGUGUUUGUACCAAGCGCUCUUCGAGUCCAUGGUCGCCAAUCACCAGAUCGCCGACACCGACACUGUGCUCGCGGACAUGCGCGCGCGUCGUGUCGAGAUGACGCCGUACAUUGCCAACAGCCUUAUCCACGGCUGGGCGCUGGCGCAGGAUAUUGAGAAGGCAAAGGCUAUCUACGAGUCUGUCCCCGAGUCGAAGCGUGAGCCUAGCACCUACGAGGCUAUGACGCGCGCUUACAUGGCUGUUGAGGACCGCACUGCUGCUAUGGCUGUUGUCAAUGAGGGUCUUUCUCGAGGGUACCCGGCGGCCGUUGCUGGCAAGAUUCUUGAGCUUGUUGGUGGUGGUAGGCAGCCUGCUGAGAUAGCUGCGUAAGCUGCGUUAGCUGCUUCAGUGCAGAGUGUAGUGUUUGUGUCUUCGCUUCUUUCGCCCUGGAUUAUUCCACAAUCGGGGUUGGGUUCAGAACAUACUUCUUUUAUUACCCUUUCCGCGACGGCCUAAAAGACUCUUCAAAACGCCCCCACCUUCCACGGUGCGGCUGGGCACAUCACAAUUUCUGUUUUAUUUCAAAUCGCUUAUACUUUGCAAGCGCGGCGUUUGUUUUCGAGCGAGAUAUCUAUAGGGCGGACGGCGUAC